GUUAUUAUGGUUGCUAACACCAGGUUCAUAACAUUGCAGAAAUUACCAAUAACGUUCACUGAAAAAUAUGGUUCUGGCCUAUCAAACUCAUUGUAUCUUAACCCUCCAGAUGAUAUUGAAUGGAGAGUAGAUUGGACUAAUCAUGAUGGUGAAAUUUUGUUUAAAAAGGGUUGGAAAGAGUUUGUUGCAUAUUACUCUCUUGAUCAUGGCUAUUUGUUAUGGUUUAAGUAUAAUAUUAGAACUUCUCACAUUAAAGUACACAUAUUUGACAUGAGUUGCCUCCAAAUAGAGUAUCCUGCCAAUGAUCAAAUCAAAGAGCAGCUGCCACGCAGGGGUCAGCAGCAGCCGGUGAAAAGGCCAGAAGAACCAAAAACUAGAGAUGUGGAUAGCAGUUCUAACACCCAAAACAUGAGACUUAACCAGGGACGACAGAAGAAAAGAUUGUAUGAACAAUUGCCAAGAGAUGUCCAGGGCCAACUGAGAAAAAAACUGAGAGCACUAGUGUCAUCUGCUUCUAAAGGUAGACAGUUGAAAAAUGACACACAAAUCAGGGAUUUGGAAAGAAGCCUCAGUUUGCACAAUAUUAAAUCCAAAGAAAAAAACCAUGAGAUGCCAGUCUCUGUCAAUCAAGAUUCUAAUGGCAAAAGGAAUAGAGGAAAAGAUUCUUUAUCUUCUGUUAGGCCCUGUCCUACAAGACCUGAAUCUCUGAAAGAAGCUAAGAAGUUUAAGUGGGAAAAGCCCUCUUUCAUCAUCAAGAUAACGCAACGGUCACAAUCGAGAGCACCAUGUAAUCACUUUUCAAACCAGUGACUCAUGGAAUUCAGCUCUUCAAAGAAGUUAAGGAGCUCAACUCACAGAAUCCUCUUUUAUGGUCAAGAUAAGAGACAGUGAUCCAAAGAGAUCAAGUCCUGUAAGUUUAUUUCGAUAUAUUUUAUCGAUGACAAAACAUAAUAUGCCAUGCAAACUUCUGAGUGCUAGUUUAUACUUAGUUUUACAAAUUGUAAGUUUAUAACUAUUUUUGACCAUACUGAUUCAAAAAUGGGAUGUGAUGCG